AUGGCUGCCUUAAACUACACUGGUGUCAGUCACACAGUCUUCCACUUGCUGGGCAUCCCUGGCCUAGAGGACCAGCACGUGUGGAUCUCCAUCCCCUUCUUUGUUUCCUAUGUCACUGCCCUGCUUGGGAACAGCCUGCUCAUCUUCAUUAUUGUCACAAAGCGCAGCCUUCAUGAACCCAUGUACCUCUUCCUCUGCAUUCUGGCUGGAGCAGACAUUGUCCUCUCCACGUGCAUAGUCCCUCAGGCCUUGGCUAUCGUCUGGUUCCAUGCUGGGGAAAUCUCUCUUGAUCGUUGCAUUACUCAGGUAUUCUUCCUCUCUUCCACUUUCAUCUAUGAGUCAGGGAUCUUGUUGGUGAUGGCAUUUGACCGCUAUAUUGCCAUUUGCUGUCCCCUGAGGUACACCACUGUUCUUACACGUACACUGAUUGGGAAAAUUGGUGUCACCUUAAUUCUCAGAAGCUGUUGUACAAUUUUCCCCGUGAUAUUUCUCCUGAAAAGACUGACUUUCUGCAAAAGUAACAUCCUCCCAAACACUGCUUGUAAGCACAUUGUCUUGGCCCGUCUUUCCUGUGAUGACAUACGAGUAAACAUCUGGUAUGGGUUUUUGGUGUUGAUGUCAACUUUGGUCAUAGAUGUUGUGUUAGUUUUUAUUUCUUAUGUGCUGAUUCUCCAUGCUAUCUUCUACAUCCCUUCCCAAGAUGCUCAUCACAAAGCUCUCAACACAUGUGGCUCCCAUGUCUGUGUCAUCAUCCUCUUCUAUGUACCUGGCAUCUUCUCAGUCCUUGCUCAGCGAUUUGGACAUCACAUCUCACCCCAUAUCCAUGUCCUGCUGGCGAAUGUCUAUAUUCUGGCUCCACCUAUGCUGAACCCCAUCGUUUAUGGGAUCAAGACCAAACAAAUCAGGGACCAGGUGAUUCAUGUGUUCUUUACAAAGCAGAAAUGA